CUCGUUAUUAUUAAAUAGCUCCACUUGUGGAAUACAGCCCAAGCCUUUAAAAAUGGGAAGGCUUAAAUUCUGGAUAGGCCCAAUAUUUAUUAAAAACAGUUCAGGUUCCCAUUCCAUUGGUCGUCUUCACGCAGCAUCAAGCAAUCGAUCGUGCCUUUCUCAAUCCUCGCCAAAAACGCAACAAACACCACCAUCAGCUUCAUCCGCAACGGCAAAGCAUCAGCGAACUCCGCAGGCUGCAGCAACAGCAGAGCAUCGGCCUCCCGUCAUCUUCUCCGGCAUCAACUCGAAUUCUGGCCGGCAACUUCUCACAGCGAUGACAACACUCCGGUUCUUCUCUCUCCGGCAAAUUAGGACGUCGACUCUUCCAGGAUUUUUCUUCUGUUAGCCAGCAACUAACCAGAGCAAUCGGUAGCCACCCUCCAUGAAAUCUCGUUAACUGCUCACCCUCAGAAAUAAAUUGACUUUGAGUUGCGGCACCAACAAACUCUCUGGCCGGAAGCAUCUCUACCUGAAACUCUCCCCUACAAUUUGAUAGAGAGAAAAGAGAAGGGCGGGAAAAAGAAAAAAAAUAAGAGCCAAUAUACCUUUUGAUUUGCUUUGGCUGAGCCGAUUUCUCCUUCUGAAGCUUCUAAGUAAAAAAAAAUUGUUAUUCGAAGUUAAAUGCAGAAAGCAAAUUUUGGGUUCUAUUUAUAGACGGUAAUAAAAGUUAGAUCCGAUUUAUGUGCUAUAGAAUUCAAGUCUGGAUAGAAGUUCGUUUUGAGUUGGAGGAUUUGAUUCAUAUUUGGAAACAUGUGAGGAAAGAAUCGGGUAGUAUUCCUAUGUAUAUUGAAUAGUUGGGCUGAGUGGGAUAAUGAAGAGGUCUUUUAAAUUUAAUUCUUGGACUCCUCCCAAGUCCCAACUACGAAGUAUUACUCUAUGUACAAUUUGAUUUCUCUUUGAGCUAGUAGGAAUAUUUGGUAAUGAAGAAAUUGAGUUGUGAGUGAAC